AUGGUCUCCUCACAGUUCUCCCGGCUACUCGCAGCAGAGAUCGACGGCCGUACCCAAAACACCAGAUAUUGUCAGAAUGAGUUCCAUCGCCUCCAAUCGGCCCUCAGCCAGCACAUCGACGAGAUCCAAGACGCCAUCCAGAAAGACUCCGGGAAUGAACCCGAAGAAGUCCGCGCGGAGCUGUGUCUCGCGCUCAAGGAGAUCCGCACACACUACCAGACACUGAGUCUGGAGAAGGACCUUGAAGAGGAGUAUCGCGUUGUAGCUGGCAAGGACAAUGCGGACGCGAAGCGCGGCGCAGGCAUCGUCUACAUUGUCCCCAGCACACAUACCAUGUUUUAUUCCAUUGUCUCAGCGCUCAGCGCGGCAUUGGCGGCUGGCAAUUGUAUCAUUCUCGAGUUGAUGAAGAAUACCAUGGUACUGCCAGCUGUGCUGCGCAGAAUUCUCUCCCAGGCCCUAGACGCGGAUACCUUCGCCAUCAGCGAAGAGAGACCCGAUGCUGCUUUCCUCAGCAGGGUGCUCAUGGUCUCCCAGACCGGUUCCGCGCCGCUCGCCGAGCGCAGUCUGCUCUCGCCUGCGAACGCGCGAACUGUGGCUGUCGUCGACAGAACGGCAGAUGUUGCAGCCGCAGCUGAAGCGUUGGUCGCCGCGCGUUUCGCCUUUGGUGGCCGGUCGAUGUAUUCCCCUGAUAUAGUGCUGGUUAAUGAGUUUGCGAUGAAGCGGUUUGUCGAGGCGGCUAUCCAACAGGCGUCCAGAUAUCUGGCUGGCCCGAAUGGAGAGACACGCCAGGGAGCGUCGAAUCCCCGUCGGUUCGGUCCAAGUGCCUCGCUUCUGGAUGCUGCGCAUAAGGACGCGGGUGCUCGCGUGCUAGUCUCUGGGUCUGGAUGGGGGGUGGUGGAGGUCCAUGAUCGAAACUCGCCUCUCCUGACGAAAAAGGUGCAGGAGAAAGUGCUCAUCCUUCAUCCUGUGACAAGUCUAGAUGACGCUAUUGACGUUAGCAACUCGAGCGGCACACUGGCAGCGACAUACGCGUUCGGCAGCCCCUCCGCUGCCAAAUAUAUCACUCAGUUUAUCGACGCCUCCAUUUCGUGGAUUAACCAUGUCCCCUUCGACAUGCUCAUUGGCCCGGCCUACCCCAUCAACAUGGCCCCCAGCACCGCAACCCGCUACACGCCCGCUCUCUUCCAGGUCCCCCGGCCCCAGUUCGUCGCCGAAACAAACAACUCCGCUCUGGUGAAAAGUAUUCUCGACCCCUCAGACGCCACGAAAUCGGGAAACGCCUGGCGCGAGGCCCUUGCCGCCUUGCCGUCUACAGGCCAGCGCCCCGGCUGGAGAAUCGGGUUCUUCGAGCAAGGGAUAAUCACUGGUGGGGUGGUUACGCUUGCGACGUUGGUAGCGGCGGUGUCAACUGUGGGGUGGUACACCUUUUCGUAUGUGAGGAGGUUGCGUGCUUAG